UGGGAGUAAGGUUGGACUUUGAAUUUGUACAAAAGGUUUGAAUAUCCUGACCUGCACUUUAUUGCUGUAUCCAGGUGGACUAUAUUCAGGGUCUUGCUUAGAGAGCCCAGUCAAAGUGCAGGGCUCUCUUCCAGCUAAUUUUAAUGGUGGAAUUCCCACCCUUUCCGGGAUAUUUCUAGACGCAGCACGGUGUGAAGCAGCCGGUGGAACUCUUUCUAGAGACAGCCGCGAGAGGGGAGCGGAGCCACCACCUGACCCGCGUGCCGCAUUUCUUCUUCACGUCUCGCCGCCGGCGGAAGAGCUGGAUGGAAUCUGCUACAAACCCUACCAGCCCCUCCCAUCUCUCAGAAAAAAAGGAUCGUCUUUUCUAUCUCAACGCGCGUGCGCCCGCAAGACGCCCUCCUGAAGCUUCAACUUCUAGUUGACGUAUUUGCGCGCGCAUCGCCUGCCUCCCCGACUCCCUCCCGCCCUCGCCCCAGUUUAGAAACAAGAGAGUGAAGGAAGAGAGUGGUGGAGCUAAAUGGCCUGUGGGCGAUUCGUCGCCCGCCUAGUUACUGGCGGCUGGACUGCGUCGCGCUCUUCCAGUGCGCACGCGCUGGUGCGUCAUCGCGUGAGCGCCCUCCGCCUUUCCGCCUUAUUUCUCUGCCGCGGGGAGGGAAAGAAGCAGCUGCGACAGGAGGGAAGGCUCGAGACCGAGGGGAGGAAAACGUGGAGCGCGCAUGCGCGGUGGACACUCUCCCCUUGGCGGCCGUCCGUGGAAGGAAGGUGGCAGCCACAGCAGCAAGACCAGCAGCAGGUCAGCGCUCGCUCGCGUGAGGCCCUCUUCCCUUCUCUCUCUCCGUUGGGCCAGGCGGGGCGCGCGUGGCCGCUUCCCUUCCUCUGCCUCCCCCUUCUCCUGUCAGCAGGGGGUCGCCGUCUCCUCCUCAGUGUGCGCGCGUGCUGGGCCUCCCCUUUCGCCUCAGCAGCAGCAGCAGCCACCUCCUUCGCCACCACCACCUUUUCCCGUCUCUCUGUCGCCGCCGCCGCCGCGAUGCCGGAGAAGCGGCCCUUCGAGCGGCUCCCGGCUGAGGUGCGCCCCAUCAACUAUGGGCUGUGCCUCAAGCCCGACCUUAUCGACUUCACCUUCGAGGGAAAGCUUGAGGCCGCCGUGGAGGUGAGGCACGCAACCAAUCAGAUUGUGAUGAAUUGUGCUGACAUUGACAUUAUUACAGCUUCCUAUGCACCAGAGGGAGAUGAAGUGUUUCAGAUGCAUAUUUCACCUUUGAACCACAUUUUAGAAUAUAUUUGGGAGGAAAAUAGCUGGAACAACUUGGAGCAAAGAAAGGAAAUCCAUGCCACAGGAUUCAACUACCAAAAUGAAGAUGAGAAAGUGACUCUCUCUUUUCCUAGCACACUUCAAAAAGGGAUGGGGACAUUAAAGAUAGAUUUUGUUGGAGAACUGAAUGAUAAAAUGAAAGGCUUCUAUCGAAGUAAAUACACCACCCCUUCCGGAGAAACUCGCUUUGCUGCUGUUACCCAGUUUGAGGCAACUGAUGCUCGCAGAGCCUUUCCAUGCUGGGAUGAGCCAGCCAUCAAGGCAACUUUUGAUAUCUCAUUGGUGGUUCCUAAAGAUAGAGUGGCUUUGUCAAAUAUGAAUGUCACUGACAGGAGGCCCUACCCUGACGACGAAAACCUGGUGGAGGUGAAGUUUGCCCGCACCCCUGUGAUGUCAACGUAUCUUGUUGCUUUUGUGGUGGGAGAAUAUGACUUCGUUGAGACCAGGUCUACUGAUGGUGUAUUAGUCCGUGUUUACACUCCUGUUGGCAAAGCAGAACAAGGAAAAUUUGCGUUAGAGGUUGCUGCUAAAACCCUGCCUUUUUAUAAGGACUACUUCAAUGUUCCCUACCCUCUCCCUAAAAUUGAUCUCAUAGCUAUUGCAGACUUUGCAGCUGGUGCCAUGGAGAACUGGGGCCUUGUUACUUAUAGGGAAACUGCACUGCUGAUUGACCCCAAGAAUUCCUGUUCCUCCUCCCGCCAGUGGGUGGCUCUUGUCGUAGGCCAUGAGCUUGCUCACCAGUGGUUUGGAAACCUUGUGACUAUGGAGUGGUGGACCCAUCUGUGGCUAAAUGAGGGUUUUGCAUCUUGGAUUGAGUACCUCUGUGUAGACCAUUGUUUUCCAGAAUAUGAUAUCUGGACCCAGUUUGUUUCUGCCGAUUACACACGAGCUCAGGAGCUUGAUGCCUUAGACAACAGUCAUCCCAUUGAAGUCAAUGUGGGCCAUCCUUCUGAAGUAGAUGAAAUAUUUGAUGCAAUUUCUUAUAGCAAGGGUGCAUCAGUAAUUCGAAUGCUACAUGACUACAUUGGAGAUGAGGACUUCCGGAAAGGAAUGCACCUGUAUCUUACCAAGUUCCAACAUAAGAAUGCAGCUACAGAGGACCUUUGGGAAAGCCUAGAAAAUGCCAGUGGUAAACCUAUUGCUGCUGUGAUGAAUACGUGGACCAAGCAAAUGGGGUUUCCACUUGUUUAUGUGGAGGCGGAGCAGCAAGAAGAUGACAAAGUGUUGAAGCUAGUCCAGAAGAAAUUCUGUGCCAGCGGACCAUAUAGUGGGGAGGAUUACCCUCUGUGGAUGAUUCCUAUCAGCAUCUGCACAAGUGAAGAUCCAACUCAAGCUAAGAUGCAAGUGUUGAUGGACAAACCUGAACUGUCUUUGGUGUUGAAAGACGUUAAACCAGAGCAGUGGGUGAAGAUAAACCUGGGAACGGUAGGGUUUUACCGUACACAGUACAGUUCCGACAUGCUGGAGAGCUUACUCCCAGCCAUCCGUGAUCUCUCCUUACCCCCGGUGGACAGGUUGGGGCUGCAGAACGAUCUCUUUUCUUUGGCCCGUGCUGGAAUUAUUAGCACUGUAGAGGUUCUAAAAGUCAUGGAAGCAUUUGUGAAUGAGCCCAACUAUACCGUGUGGAGCGACCUGAGCUGUAACCUGGGGAUUCUCUCGACUCUCUUGUCCCACACAGACUUCUAUGAGGAAAUCCAGGCGUUCGUCCGUGAUAUCUUUUCACCCAUAGGAGAGAAGUUGGGCUGGGAUCCCAAACCUGGCGAGGGCCAUCUAGAUGCGCUUUUGAGGGGCUUAGUUCUGGGCAAGCUAGGAAAAGCCGGCCAUAAGGCGACGUUGGAAGAAGCUCGGCGCCGAUUUAAGGACCAUGUGGAAGGGAAGCACAUCCUCUCCGCUGAUCUGAGAAGUUCCGUAUAUGUAACAGUUUUGAAGCACGGUGACAGUACAACUUUAGACACUAUGCUAAAGCUCCACAAGCAAGCUGAUAUGCAGGAAGAGAAGAACCGAAUAGAGCGUGUACUUGGUGCCAUAUCUCAGCCAGAAUUAAUACAGAAAGUUCUCACAUUUGCACUUUCAGAAGAGGUACGUCCCCAGGACACAGUAUCUGUCAUUGGCGGAGUGGCUGGAGGCAGUAAGCAGGGCAGAAAAGCUGCCUGGAAGUUCGUCAGAGACAACUGGGAGGAGCUCUAUAAUCGCUACCAGGGGGGCUUCUUAAUAUCCAGGCUAAUAAAGCUAUCGGUGGAUGGGUUUGCAAUUGACAAAAUGGCUGCAGAGGUUAAGGUGUUCUUUGAGAGUCACCCAGCUCCAUCAGCCGAGCGCACUAUCCAACAGUGCUGUGAAAAUAUCCUGUUGAAUGCUGCAUGGCUGAAGCGCGAUGCUGAAAAUGUCCACCAGUACCUCCUGGAGCGUAAGGCCUCACCAACUGCUGUGUGAGCCCACCCUCACCCACCCCGGGCAUCCCAACCGCUGUGGCCCAACUGCCUCGGUGUGAGGAGAAGGAGCUGCUACCCGACAGCUGAAUCAUACGCCAAGGAAAUUGGAGUCUUUUCUCAAACCAAUGGGGAUUGGACAAUGAAUGUAGUUAACUGGUUCCUGCUCACACUCCAGAACUAAAUCCUAUUAAAAAAAAAUUAUCAAUUCAGCAAAAAACAAACAAACCACAACCCUGUAAAUAUAAUAGUAAUAAAAUAGAGCAUAACAAAACUGUGAAACUUCCUUAAGCCUUGUCAGUGGUUAAAAUAUUUAACACACACCCCUUACACUUUAACUGAAGAACGAUUUUUUUAACCAUCCCUCUUCCUUUUUCUAAAAAAGCAAGGAAACCAGAGGUUUCUAGGCGAGUUGAAUUCUGUGGCAAGUUGAGGGCAGGAAUGGGUUAAUGCCUCUGUGCACUGCAGAGAGCACGCUACAAGAUAGCUAUAAAACGUGCGUGUUGUGUGGAAUGGUUCAAUUACGAAAGACAUCUUGGCAUCACCUAGUGUGUAGUGCUGAGUUGGGGUUUUGGGGGAGAUAUCCCGUAAUCUUGGUUCAAAUUUGAAGGCUUGUAAGAAUCCUGCCCUUCCCGAUCCCUUGUCUUGUUAUCUUUCGGGGGAGUGUGGGGGAGAAAUAAAAUGUCCUGUGUCUUUUUCCCCCUCUCUUCCUCCUUUUGGUUUAAUUUGCUGAUGGUCCUUCUUAGAUAUUAAAAAAAUGUAUGGAAACAUCUUUCUCAGCCACAUUAAAAACAAAAAAGAGAAGAAUUCAUGCCACCCUUUUCUCUCUUUCUUUAACAUUUACCCUCCCACUGCAUGCAAAUAAGAUUGAGUACUGUGACUGGAUCCUUCUGUGCCACCUUAAGGGCUGGCCCCCUUUAUGCAUAACACUGUAGUUUGUCUAAAAGAUUCACCUUGUUGAAAAACCAAAACACUGCCCUAAAUUCCUUGUAACUGCAGCUUUUCAUCCCUCCUUCUUUUGGUGGUGUUUGAUGGUAAUUUGAUUCAGAAGCCUUAAACUUGUGCUAGCUGGCAUGAUGAUGAAAUUCUAAGUUGUGUGCCAUCAGUUGCUUACCAGAGUAGCAUGUUCCUGCUAACCAGACUUCAAACCUGACACCACUCCUCCCACAAACGUUUACAGUCCCCCCCCCCUUUUUUAGUACCUUUUAAAAAAGGAAUUCAUACUUGGUGUGGCUUUAACUGUUAUUUUCAGAAGGUCAUCAGAUAAUAGCUGUCAAACUGCUUCCCUGAAACACAUUUUUGUGCUAUUGUUUUAAAAAGAAAACAAAAGGAAAAAUUAAAACAAGUUGGCGUUAAUAAAAAAGAAAGUCAAUGUGAAACUGAA